UUUCUUGUGCUCCAGGCUUUAAGGCAAACCUAGUUCGUAUGCGGAUUAGUUCACAUAUUACCGUCACGCAUCGAUGCCAGACAUGGCUAGAAGUUUCGUAACCUUGUCUAGCAGAAGCGCGUUUACGUCUACGUAAAAAUAAUAAUAAAUUGUUUAAAUACUCCAUGCGUCAAAUGGCGAUCUGAAAAUAUCAUAAUCUAAAGAGUAAUAGUGUAUUUACUAUUUUAUGGAGCCAUGGUCUCGUUGAUGCAGCCGUAUAUGGACGUUGAAAGUUCUAGAAGCUACAUCGAUGAGCUAUAUUCUCCCAGUGGCCAAAAAUGCCUGGAGGCUAUUAUCUGCCUAAAGAAUUCAGUCAUUGGAAGUAACCGGCAAAAGGGUUCAGUCAUAGCGCAAGGUGUCGUGCCUAGACUGCUGCAGUUGCUAAGUGACUCGUCUGGUAGAGUAGGAGAUCGAGUCCGGCUUGAAUCUGCUGUUACUUUGGGCUCACUAGCAAAAGGAACUGAUCAGCAUGUCAGAGCGCUCAUAGAACUUAAUGUAGUUCCACUGUUGCUGCAAGUGCUGCUGGCUAGCACCAAUCGCUGUAACGAACCUGACGAUGAUAAUCAAACGCCAUUGGUCGAAGCAUGUCUCAGAUGUUUGAGGACUGUUUUUCACCACACGGCAGCCCCUGUUCAUGCUAUAUAUCAGGAUUCUGGAUUGGUUCCACGCUUAUUGGCACUAGCUUCUAAAUCUGUUACCAAUCAAGUCUGCGUUGCUACCAUUUUAACAGCAGCAUGCAAGCAGACAGCUGAAGAGCAGAAUGCACUAUCCCGAGGUGGAGCUGUUGGUGCGCUUGCAACGCAGCUGGACUCUCCCCUUUCUGAUGUUCAACUACCAGCCCUCGCCUGCCUUGCAAAUAUGUGCUAUCAGAAUCACACGGUAUCUGCGCUCGUUGCUGCAGCUACAACCAACAGCUCUCAAGGCAGAGCCGUGCCAGUUGCAUUGGGCCAGCUGAUGGGUCGUGAGAGAAGUGCUCUAGUCCAACUCGAGGCAGCUCGGUGUGUUGCAUAUAUGCAUCGAGCUGGCGCUUUGACUUCGACAGAUCCACGAGUUGUAUAUAGGGCACUACCUUGCUUAGUAAGACUUUGUCAUCGAGAAAGACCUCCUAGAGAAAGAGUGGCUGCAGCAGAAACACUUGCGUACCUGACCGAAGUUGACACGGACCUACAGCGACUAGCAUCUAUUAGCAAUCACCUUAUAUCCAACCUUGCAGAGCUGCUAAAGCCACAUCCAUCGGUGCUAGAUGCAACGCUUUCGCAGGAUAUGCGCCAAGCAGCAUUCAGAGCAUUUGCAUCUUUGGGUGCGAAUGACGAAGAUAUUCGUAAGAGGAUCAUUGAAACAGAAAAUUUGAUGGAACAGGUGGUGGGUGGCUUGCAAGAUCCCGGUGGACCUCGAGUACGACUAGCUGCAGUUCGAUGCUUGCACUCGUUAUCAAGGAGCGUGCAACAACUGCGCACUACGUUUCAAGAUCACGCAGUGUGGCGACCACUUAUGCAACUAUUACAUGGAGCAGACAGAGGACUAGAGGGUAGGGGAUUAGAAGGCGAAGAGGACUUGCUAACUGUGGCCUCUAGCACCCUGUGCAACCUGCUAUUGGAAUUUAGCCCAAGUAAGGAGCCUAUUCUCGAAUCAGGUGGAGUGGAGUUGUUAUGUUCAUUGACCAGGCGACCAGACCCUGCGCUACGCCUAAACGGUAUUUGGGCGCUGAUGAAUGUGGCUUUCCAGGCUGAACAGCGUGUCAAAUCGCAAAUCCUCUCUUGUCUCGGUACCGACCAAAUAUUUCGUCUACUUGCUGAUCCGGAAUUGGCUGUUCUAAUGAAAACACUUGGCCUAUUACGAAAUCUUCUGUCAACGAAGGCACACAUUGAUCGUAUUAUGGCAGAGCAUGCUGCCCACGUGAUGCAGGCUGUCAUUCUGGUAUUGGAAGAUCCUGAACACCCAGCUGAUGUCAAAGAGCAAGCUCUGUGUAUUCUAGCCAAUGUCGCCGAUGGAGAUCGCGCACGUGAUCAUAUCAUGGCAAACGAAGAUGUCUUGAAAAAACUUAUGGAUUACAUGAUGCACAGUAAUGUGAAGCUACAAGUGGCAGCUAUCUUCUGUGUAUGUAAUUUGGUUUGGAGAGAGGAGGAUGGGGCUACGCAACGUCAGGCACGAUUACGCGAACUAGGCCUUUACCGUAUUUUACAACAAUUACGACACACUAAGGAUUCACAGCUAUUCGAAAAAGUAAAGGCUGCCAUGUCUCAAUUUACCGAUGCUUGAGUACAAAAUCGACCGACUGACCCAGUUACACUACCAACUAAAAUGGUUUUUACUCCUUAAACCUCCUCCAGCAACCUUAAAAUUCACAAAUAACAAUCAGUCACUGUAAGCUCAAAUCCAAACCCAACCCAUACUGUGAUCGUUUAUGUACUUUUAUGCGCUCCCUGUUUGUAGAUUAGGUGCUCAAGAUUUUGAAGAAAUCUCGCUUUAAGCUAUGCCUGUGAGUAACGUCUCCCUUCGUAUUUCUUUUCCAUGCAAUUG